AUGUGUUCUCAUUUCACCCAAGACCUUCAGCCACAGCAGGGCAUAAAAGAUUCACUCCAAAAAGCAAUACCAAGAACAUAUGAAAAAUGUGGAAAUGAGAAUUUACAAUUUAAAAAAUGCUGUAAAAGUGUGGGUGAGUGUGAGGUGCACAAAGGAGGUUAUAAUGAUAUUAACCAAUGUUUGUCAACUACCCAAAACAAAAUAUUUCAGAUUCAUAAAUGUGUCAAAGUCUUUGGUAAAUUUUCAAAUUCCAGUAAGCAUAAGACAAGACAUACUGGAAAGAAUCAUUUCAAAUGUAAAAAAUAUGGCAAAGCAUUUUGCAUGCUUUCACACCUAAAUUAACAUCAGGUAAUUCAUACUAGGGAGAGGUCUUACAAAUGUGAAGAAUGUGGCAAAUCCUUUAACUGCUCCUCACACUGUACUACACAUAAAAGAAUUCAUAUUGGAGAGAAACCCUACAGAUGUGAGGAAUGUGGCAAAGCCUUUUGCUGGUCCUCAAACCUUAGUAGACAUAAGAGAAUUCAUACUGGAGAGAAACCCUUCACAUGUAAAGGAUGUGGCAAAGCCUUUAGCCGGUCCUCAGCCCUUAAGAAACAUAACCAAAUUCAUACCAGAGAGAAACCCUACACAUGUGAAGAAUGUGGCAAAGCCUUUAGGCACUCCUCAGCACUUACUAACCACAAGAGAAUUCGUACUGGAGAGAGACCCUACAAAUGUGAAGAAUGUGGCAAAGCCUUUAGCUUUUCCUCAACCCUCACUGACCACAAGAGAAUUCAUACUAGAGAGAGACCCUACACAUGUAAAGAAUGUGGCAAAGCCUUUAACUGCUCCUCUAGCCUUAUGCAACAUAAGAGAAUUCAUAAUGAAGAGAAACCCUACACAUGUGAAAAAUGUGGCCAAGCCUUUAGGUGUUCCUCAACCCUCACUGACCACAAGAGAAUUCAUACUGGAGAGAGACCCUACACGUGUGAAGAAUGUGGCAAAGCCUUUAACUGCUCCUCAACCCUUAAGAAGCAUAAGAGAAUUCACACUGGAGAGAAACCCUACAAAUGUGAAGAAUGUGGCAGAGCUUUUACAUGGCAUUCAAAUUUUGCUACACAUAGGAUACGUCAUACUGGAGAGAAACCCUACAAAUGUAAAAAAUGUGACAAAACCUUUACACACUCAGGUCUUACACAAUAUCUUAUAAUUCAUUCUAGAGAGAAACCCUACAAAAGCAAAGAAUGUG